GCGCCUACAUCUGUGCGAAUAUCGCUGACAGGUUCGAAAGGUUCUCGCACAAACGACCCCGGCCUUUUCUGGAUCAGUGACGACGGUUGACUUUGCGAGACGCAUGCUCAUCUGGAUGUGCGCAUGCAGUCCUGCCGGUCGACGGGUUUCGUCCAUCCCAAGAUGGCAUGUCGCGUUCUGCGCCACUCGAUGGUCACCGGGUAUUGUUCUCUUCACUGAUUCUAUGUUCAGUCGUAUGGCAGAUGUUGGGCUUGGACAUGCUUCCACCGCAUGCGCGUGCCAGUGUAUUUAAGGUGCCAUUCCCCGCCUUCAGUGUUGCGACUCCUCCCCUCCCCUCUCUCCUAUGUCUCUGUGCACUAAUGGUCAAAGAACCUACCGUCCAGUACCGAUGGCUGAGGAUUUGUGUCUUUGACUCUUUGCUCUCCUGGUUCUACAUGAGAUCUUGCUUCGUAGCUAUUCAGCUUCUUGGGAACAAACUCUGUCGAUCAGUCUGCGCCAUUUAAGUUGGCGGCCGCUCAGCGCUCAGCGCGAAGGCCUCAAGCUCAAAGGUGGAGCUCAAGUUCUCCCGCGCAAAGUACUUUACGGUUUUAAAUGAGAGACCGCGGCGGUGGCCAUGCAACGCAAUCGGCUGU